AUGUUGACUCUGAAUUUGUUUUACCUUUUUCUUUAUCUUGCUUACCUGAAACCAACGAGAUCCGUUCAGACUAAUGGUUGCAAGCUCUGUGACUGUAGUGGAGCGAGUCUUACAUGCCCAGGGCAUUUGGCAGGCUCCAGAACACCUGGACUACAUCUGUCCUUUUCCCAUUUCUGUUUUAAGGUAAUUCCAUCCGAGGUUUUUCAGAAUUUUCAUCAGGACAUCAUAACCAUAGCCAUCUCUCAAAGUGACUCUCUUGAAAGAAUACACAAUUAUGCAUUUUUCAAUCUUCCUAACCUCACCGAACUAACCAUCAGAAAUACAAAACAUCUGGUUCAUAUUGGCUGUGGAGCUUUCGCAAAUCUACCAAAACUAAAAUACUUGAGCAUUUGUAACACAGGAAUCAGAAAAUUUCCAGAUGUCACCAAAAUCAUCUCCUUCGAACUGAAUUUCAUUCUGGAGAUUUAUGAUAACUUACAUAUAACCACAAUACCGGCAAAUGCCUUUCAAGAAAUGAACAAUGAACCUUUGACAUUGAAACUUUUUAGGAAUGGAUUUGAAGACAUACAAGGCUACGCAUUUAAUGGCACAAAGCUGGAUCAGCUGUUUCUUAAUGACAAUAAUAAUCUACAACAUAUUCAUAACGAUGCCUUAAAGGGAGCUACUGGACCAAAUCGACUAGACAUAACAUCGACACACCUAGACCAUCUUCCUAGUUAUGGACUGGAAUUUAUCCAGGUGUUAGUUGCUGAAAAAUCUUACCACCUCAAAAAAUUACCGGCUCUUGACAAGCUUUCUAAUUUACUGGAGGCUCGUCUUACAUAUCCGAGUCACUGCUGCGCCUUCACAAACAUGCGAAUAAGAGAGCAAAAUGCUGCUCUCUCCUAUUUCGAAAAUUUUACAAAGCAAUGUGACACUACGCCAAGGAAUCAAACCAAUGAAACAUAUUUUAGUAGUAUGCAUCCAGAAUCAGAAAUGAGUGAAGACUAUGAGUUCCUUUGUCAACCUAAGACCCUCAGAUGCAAUCCAGAACCAGAUGCUUUCAACCCUUGCGAAGACAUUAUGGGAUAUGACUUUCUCCGAGUGUUGAUAUGGUUUAUCAGCAUACUUGCAAUUGCUGGUAAUGCCGUUGUGCUCUUUGUCCUGCUUACCAGUCAUUACAAACUUACCGUUCCUCGUUUUCUGAUGUGCAACCUGUCCUUUGCAGACUUUUGUAUGGGAAUUUAUUUGUUGCUUAUUGCAUCAGUGGACUCCAAAACUAAAAGUCAGUAUUAUAACCAUGCAAUCGACUGGCAAACAGGGAGUGGCUGUAGCGCGGCCGGCUUCUUCACCGUAUUCUCAAGUGAGCUUUCUGUUUACACACUGACUGUAAUCACUGUUGAAAGAUGGCACACGAUAACCUACGCGAUGCAACUGGACCGAAAGCUCCGCUUACGACAUGCCAUUUCAAUCAUGUUGGGGGGUUGGAUAUUCUCGCUUUUAAUUGCAGGGUUACCACUCUUUGGGGUUAGCAAUUAUAUAAAGGUCAGCAUCUGCCUACCUAUGGACAUAGAAACCCCCCUUUCCCAAGCAUAUAUAAUAAUCAUCUUAGUGCUCAAUGUAAUUGCUUUUAUAAUUAUUUGUGCCUGCUACAUUAAAAUUUAUAUAGCUGUUCAAAAUCCCGAGAUCACACCAACCAACAAAGACACCAAAAUAGCGAAAAAGAUGGCGGUCUUGAUCUUCACAGACUUCACAUGCAUGGCACCAAUAUCAUUCUUUGCUAUUUCUGCUGCAUUUAAAAUUCCCCUCAUCACUGUAACAAAUUCUAAAAUCCUCCUGGUCUUAUUUUAUCCGGUAAACUCCUGCGCAAAUCCGUUUCUUUAUGCAAUCUUUACAAAAGCAUUCCGAAGGGAUUUCUUUUUACUCAUGAGCAAGUUUGGUUGUUGCAAGACUCAAGCAGAACUUUACAGAGUGAACAAUUUUACAAACUACACCUCCAACUGCAAAACUGACAGUUUGUAUACCGGACCAAAAAAAACAUCACAUGCUGACCUACACUUGGCUACCUUCGAUUGCCAGUAUUUAAAGGUGAAUGACAAGCUUCAAAGCCCAGACAGUUAACAAUAACUACCAUAUGUUGGUACUAUUCUUUAGACUGCAUAUACCAAAGAGUUCCAGGAUUUUACAUCAACAAUGUAAUAUUUUGGUAAAUACCAUC